UUCGUCUUCUCCCAUCAUGUCUGGACGCGGAAAACAGGGAGGCAAAGCUCGUGCCAAGGCCAAGUCUCGCUCUUCCCGCGCUGGCCUGCAGUUCCCGGUGGGCCGAGUGCACCGCCUGCUCCGCAAAGGCAACUACUCGGAGCGUGUGGGCGCCGGCGCGCCGGUGUAUUUGGCCGCGGUCCUGGAGUACCUGACAGCCGAGAUCCUGGAGCUGGCGGGCAACGCGGCCCGAGACAACAAGAAGACGCGCAUCAUCCCUCGCCACUUGCAGCUGGCCAUCCGCAACGACGAGGAGCUCAACAAGCUGCUGGGCAAGGUGACCAUUGCCCAGGGCGGCGUCCUGCCCAACAUCCAGGCCGUGCUGCUGCCCAAGAAGACCGAGAGUCACCACAAACCUAAGGGCAAGUAAGCCAGCCCUGCUGACGAACAGUCCCUGGAAAUGGGAGAUUCGUCUACCACGCAGAAACCAACGGCUCUUUUCAGAGCCUCCCACGCUUUCAAAAAAAGAGCUAGACUUGGGCUGCUCCUGCUUGGGGAAAUGCGGGAUGGUUAUGGGAUUACCACUACUUCCCCCUCUUUCCCUCCCCCCUCCCCGGCUUUUUUAGCUUUGAGGAGAAAAAGUCGUGGCAUACAGUGCCCGAAGUCACUCAUUAAGCAUUGGAUUGAGAAACCGGAAUCUUGCUCUAGAGCGGGCUAGGUUAUCUCCGCCCAGAGGUGCCGCAUAGGCUUGAGUCAGGGAAGUCACGGUCACACAAAGGGCCCCUUGCUCAAAAGGGAGAGUAAUGUUUGGGUGUUUUGAGAGGUCCAAUUCAGGCCAAUUCUUGAUGUACUAGGGAAGCGUUCUACAAGUUCUCUUACGAAGGCAUACGCAAUUGCCAAAUUUCAAGUGAAGCGUUUGAAAUAACUUGGGUCUCUCCUGGCUCUCUUCCUCCCGGGCUGACCUUUCCUCAGUUUCCCUUGCGUUGCUGUGUCAUCGUCCACCUCCGGACCUAUAACUGUGCUGGGCUCCCACUCUAGGCUACACAUCGUCUGCCUUAACUCAGGGAGCCCGGUCUUUCCCUGGGACUCCUAGUUUACUAGCUUCCAGUCCACAAGGAAUCGCCAAAGACAACGUUCCUAACUGGAGUCUCUCCCAUGCCCAGCCCACUCUCGCUUUCUCGAAAUGCUCUUUAUUUUAGGGGAGAGAGACCAUUUUGUUCCUUGUCAUUUCGCACCCCCCUCAGUCACAGUGGUUCCUAAUACCUCUGCCCCCAUUCCACCACCCUAGCUCCUUUAAGCGCUUCCCAUCAAUCCACCCCCGAGUUCAAAUUUUCCUCUAUUUGUCGCCACAAACAACAUUUCUUGCCCUGUUCGUCCUGCUUCUAGCCUCUCCGGUUCAUCUAGUCUCCUCUUGCUAAAGCAAAAGGUGGCUCAGUUAGAUGUCCCGGAUAGCUCUUGCUUCACCAAUUUCUUUUUGUCUUUUGCCUGCAACACAGGCUUCUUGAUAUUUCCCUCUCUGAUCUCUUGGUCUUCACGCAGAUCGUUCCACUGAAUCUUUAUCUUCAUCUGAAGCUCAGUUUUUGAGUUUAUGAUCCGAUUGCUGUAGCUCUUUUCCUCUUUCAAUGUCUUUAUUUGUACAAGCUGUAUGCCUCAGGUUCCUUCCUCUUCUACGGAACCCCCAAUGGAAUAAACACUUCUUGGUUUAUUGUUUGUUGUUUUAUUUCUUUAUCCUUUGGGGUACCCAACGUGUAAUGCCCACAGUUCGUGGGAAAGGCAAGCGUUUAUUAAAAUUUUCGGUGGAAUCGAUCUGAGGGCCCUGUUAUUUUCCCCGUGUGCAUACACUCGUGCAAAGCUAACUUCUCUGUAAAUAAGCAGAGGGCCGACCUGAUGUGAAUUUAGUUAGACGAUCCUGGCAGACAGCAAACACAUCAUCAGGUUCGAUGGAACCUCUGAGAACCUUUCUCUCUCAUCUGACCUCCACCCAAAAUCCAUCGAAGAUGGAUCCAACCACAAGCCAAGAGGAGCCAUAAGAGUACAAUCUUUUUUUAAAGAAAUUCGGGGUUUGGAUCGCGGGACUGGGAAGUGGCGAGGGGGGAAAGGCAGAGAUCCGACUAGGAAAAGAACUGGAGUUAAAGGUACUCUGGGUCUUCUAGACCGGUGGAAUGGACUCCGUACAAGUAGUGGGAGUAGUCGACAGAAUGCUCUAAAUGUGAAAGGAAAAGCGUAAAUGUAAAAGUCGAACGUAAAAGAAAAUGGAAGACUUAAGAGACUAGCGUAAUGAUCAAUAAGUGAAGUCUGUGAUCGAUCCCUCAAAAAAAUAAAAAUAAAUCUCAAGGUGGAAACGGCAAAAAUAUUUAAAACACGUGAGUGUGAGCGAGCGCACGAGAGGGGCGCAGUUAGGCUGGGGCUAGGUUUGAGGAGGUGGGGGCCCUAGGAAGGGAGGGAAAAAUGAAAAGGAGCAAGUAGACUGAGCCUAGAAGAAAGUUAGCGAGGGGCGGGAUCGCGUUAUCCAAUGAAAUUGCUCGGAAUUUCGAGGGCGGGUAGGGUUGAUUUUCCACCAAUUCCUUUGGGCGUAGGGCUUUCGAACGCUCCAAUCAGAACGUUGUCGUGGAUAUAAAUAUAGGACACUGCUGGUCAGUUUCUCUGUACUCCUUUGUGUUUUAGGCGUGUUUCUUUUUCCUUUCCCCUUCCCUUUUCACUUAUAAUGGCUCGUACGAAGCAGACAGCUCGUAAGUCUACGGGUGGCAAGGCGCCCCGUAAGCAGCUGGCUACUAAGGCCGC